AGAGGUUACAUGCACUUGUGUUUUGUUCGAAUGAGGGGGAGGUACCACAGGGAGGCUGGUGGUCUGGGAUAAAAAGCGAUUUCUUUGAAAGCUCGCUGUGAUUCCCUCAGUCUUUCUCUGGAGCGUGGUCAGCAUGAAAGCGGUGCUGCUGUGUGGUCACUUGCUGCUGGCGCUGACGGCGGAGGUGCUGCUGACAGCAGAGAGCAGCGACCCCGUGGUGACUCUGAAGAAUGGCCAAAUCAGGGGAGAGUUUACCACAGUGAAAGGCACAGACAGGAGGGUGAAACAGUACCUCGGCAUCCCAUACGCCCGCCCCCCCGUAGGACCGCUCCGGCUGGCUGCUCCUCAGAAUGCAGAGCCGUGGGAGGGCGAGAAGAACUGCACACACCAGCCAGCCAUGUGCAUCCAAGACCCACAACUGGUCGUCAUUGUUGCUCAGGCCAUGUCCGUGACAUUUACCCCCCCAGAGAUGUCAGAGGACUGCCUGUAUCUGAAUGUGUACACUCCAGCUGAGGCAACAAAAGGAGACAAACUGCCUGUGAUGGUGUGGAUCCAUGGAGGAGGUCUGACCAUGGGGGCGGCUUCUCAGUUUGACGGUUCUCCAUUAGCUGCCUACGAAAACAUUGUGGUUGUCGUCAUCCAGUAUCGGCUCGGUAUUCUGGGCUUCCUGAGCACUGGAGACGAGCACGCCAGAGGAAACUGGGGUUUGCUGGAUCAGCUGGCAGCUCUAAGGUGGGUGAAGGAAAACAUCGAAGCCUUUGGUGGAGAUCCUCAAGCCGUCACAAUAGCAGGUGAAUCUGCUGGAGGAAUCAGCGCAUCCAUUCUGACGUUGUCUCCUCAUGCAGACGGACUCUUCCAGAGAGCCAUAUUUCAAAGUGGAGUAGCAAUACUUGGGACGUACACCACAAACGACCCUCUGAGCCAUGCCAGGGUUGUUGCCAACAUUACUGGUUGCAGCGACUCUGACACAGCAGAACUGGUCCGGUGCAUCAAAGGGAAAAGCCAGGAGGAGCUUGUUGCUACCACCAAAAAGAUGAAAAUCUUCCUGGGAGCCGUUGUGGACAAUGACUUCCUGCACGACACUGCAGAGGCGCUGCUCCGCAGGAAGGAGGUGCUGAAGGUUCCUGUAAUGAUGGGAAUCACCAACCAUGAGUUUGGAUGGAUCCUGCCUCAGAAUUUUGCACCCCCCGGGUGGGAGAAAGGCAUGAGCAGGGAGUCUGUGCUAGCUGUUAUAAACUUGUUCAAUCCAGGGGUCCCUUCAGCCAACGACCUGAUCGCAGAUGAAUACCUGAAAGAUGCUAAAACUCCGGAGGAGAUCAGAGACGCCUUCACUGAAGUCAUAGGAGACCUCCUGAUGACCCUGUCGACAAUCAAAGUCGCCGGAUAUCACAUAGACGCAGGCGUUCCGGUUUACCUGUACGAGUUUGCGUACAGCGCAGACGUGCACAAAGACAAAAGGCCCAGCUUUGUGAGGGCGGAUCAUGCAGACGACGUCGGCUUCGUGUUUGGUGGAUGUUUCUGGGAUGGAAAUAUAAAAAUCACAGGAAACGUCACUGAAGAGGAUGAACGAGUUUGUCGAACCAUGAUGUCAUAUUGGGCCAAUUUUGUUCGAACAGGGUCACCCAAUGGUCCAGGUCUAGUCAGCUGGCCUCAGUACGACUGGAAGAAGCAGGAGUACAUGGAGCUGGGUCUGGUCCAGGCUGUGAAACAGAAGCUGAAAGAAAACAGAGUUAAUUUUGUGGUCUUUACCCUCCCACAGAAGCUCCAACAAUUAGCAGCAGCUGCCAAAGAUGAGCCGUGACCUCUGCGAGCAGUCUCCAGAACUUAGUCCAUUUACUUCUGUUUAAGAAUUGUCUGUUCUACACAGCAAGUUUUAAGUUUAGAAAACUUCCUAAACAAUUCUUUGUUUCAUACUGCUUUUAAUUGUCUGUAAUUAAAAUAAUUUUGUCAUUGACAACAGUAAUUAAAUAAAUAAAAAUUAAAAAACACACAAAUGUGGGUGAAAUAACAUGAUUAACCGGAUGACAAUUAAAAGCAUGGCUCAAGAACAGCACUGGUGGAUGCACUCACUCUGUAAGGUUUGGAUAGCAGCACAAUUUAUUUCUUCUGCUUCAUUUUUUGAGAUUGAGAUUGAGAUUUCAGCUUUGCUAAACUUAUAAAAUCCUGAAUUUCAUUAGAACAGACAGAAAUCUCUUUGUGCUGAUUAUAUUCGUAUAUGAAUAUAUGCUAUGAAUACAUGCUGCUCAGAUGACAAAUAUGGGUCCAAGUUGAUUUGCAAAUAAACUCUGAUGGAAUUUA